CGGAAGAGCGGCGUGCUGCAUCGGACAGCAGUCCGGGCGGCUCCCGCCUCCCCGGCGGCUCGGAGUUCCUCCCUGUUCGCCUCCCGCCGCCUUCGUUAUCUCCUCGCCCCCGCUCCCGCCGGGGGCACGGUGCCCCUCCCGCCUCCGCCCCGCGGGGAGCCGCCCCAGCCUGGCCGCCCCGCGGGCAUCCGGCCUCCGCGGGGGCGGUGGGCGAAGGAGUAAAAGCGGGCCCCGACAGGGACCAGCGGCUCAAGCCGGAGUGGCGGCCGCCGGGGAAAGUUAAACAGAAGAUGAUAGGUAGCAAUGAAUCCUCUACUGAAGGACCAAUACCUGCAUCCUACUUAACCUUCCUGGCUUAUUUACUGGGAGAAUGGACUGGUGUGGAACACACUGAAGAUUAUCUGAGUUAUGGAGUCUACCUUUCAUGGGUGCUUUUUCCACUUGCAAUAGUUUUUAUACUUCCAAUAGCUAUCUUCUUCUUCUGCUUCAACACUUCCCUUCUCCUUCUUCAUAUUUAUAAAAGGAGGAAGAGUGGACUUAAUGAAGGACAUUCUGGUGAUGUUUGGUAUGGUGCAAAAGAAAUGUUGGCUAACCUGUGGGAUGGACAUGGGAGAGUAUGGCAUGGUUACGAACUUCAUGGGGAUGAAAAUAUUCCGGAAGGACCAGCACUUAUUGUAUUUUAUCAUGGAGCUAGUCCUGUUGACUAUCUCUAUUUCAUGGCUAGACUUCUUAUACGAAGGAAGAGAUACUGCCACGUAGUAGCAGAUCACUUCGUCUUUAGAUUACCAGGUUUAAAAAUGUUUAUUGAAGUACUUGGCGUUAUGCAUGGACCAAAAGAAGUGUGUGUCAGUGCUCUGAAGAAAGGCUAUCUAUUAGCUAUUUCUCCAGGUGGAGUUCGGGAAGCACUCUUUAGUGAUGAAACAUAUGGUAUUAUGUGGGGUAAUCGAAAGGGCUUUGCCCAGGUGGCCAUUGAUGCAAAAGUGCCCAUCAUUCCUAUGUUUACACAAAAUGUUCGAGAAGGCAUUAGGACAUUAGGAGGAAUAAAAAUACUGAGGAAUCUGUAUGAACGUAUUAGAUUGCCAGUAGUUCCUAUGUACGGCUGGUUUCCAGUCAAGCUUCGUACAUAUAUUGGAGAACCCAUUCCAUAUGAUCCAAAUAUAACUGCUGAGGAACUGACUCUGAAGACAAAAGCAGCACUCCAGGCUCUAAUAAUUAAACAUCAGAAAAUACCAGGAAAUAUACUGAGGGCUUUAAUGGAACGAUUUCAAACGCGACAGAAAGAAGACUAAGGUCUUCUGAGUACAACGAUACAGGCUAGAUGAAGUGGCAUAUCAAAGUCAAAGACUUCGUAUAUCAGCACAAUGGACCCUGGGAUGAAGCUGGAGGCAAAUGGUGACACAGGAUACGAUACUUACUAGAACACUCAGAGCAGCCAGAGGAACUGAUCUGUGGACAAGUUUCCUGCUGCUAUCAGGACAUUGGUAGGACACUCCUGAGGACACGAGACCUCUGGCCAAAUGCUACAUAUAGGCACAAGGUAACCUCAGAGCUCCUCUCCCACUGCUGCGCUGGCACGGAAAAUGAAUCAGAAUCACCGUGAGAAGGUGACAGCGUUUGAAAUGAAGACUCAGAUGUAACAGAUGGCGAGCACAGCCCCGAGCGAAAGCAGAUCCCCAAAGGAAAGCACAAAAACAAAUACCAAACAGGCCUUUAAAGUAAAUGAGCAAACAAACAAACAAACAAAAAGAGAAAGCCUUAGAGGGAAGUUCUUGGAAAAGUUACAAAAUCAUUUGAGAAAAAAGAAAGGUAGGAACGAAUGUGCAAUAAGGAAGGUGUGCUUUGCAUAAUGCUGCCCACUCCAUCUGAAGGAGCCUCCAGAUGUUCCCUGUUUCUCUCAUGUGACUGCGAGUUGUGAAAUAGCUGGUGUGCUGCGAAGUGAGAAAAUCGACGCUGUGUUCUAGGCAGCCUCUGAUAUCAGGGGAACAGCAGAAUUACUUAUUUGGUAGAAUUUGCUUCAGAGCAGGUUUCAGAAUUAGCUCAUCACUCAUGACAACACCUUUUACAGGGAGAUGUGAGUUGUCUCCUCGGGAAAAAGCAGCUGGCGGAUGCAGCAGUCAAAGCCUAUUUUUCCGAAAGCAGGCUCUAAUCCCACUGAACAUUGAGACACUGUGAGUAUUCAGUCUGAAAAACAAGGGCUGCGUUUUUCAGAGCUGCUGAGCAUUGCUGGGUCCCAUCUGAGAGUGCUGGAGCUGCAGGCCCUGACCACCUUCCAGAACGAUGCUAGGGCAAGCUCAGGCUGAACAACUCAUUCCCUGCAGGCAUCGUUGCCCAGUGACUUUUUGUUGCUGAUUACAGGUGGAAACGAGCACCCCUGCUGAGCAUGUUGAGAGCCCUGAGCCUCAAUGACAGUCUAAGUCAGGAAUAGGUGGAGACGACCAACAGGAAAGGCAGAUGCUUCUGGCACCAGGCCUGUGCUCAGAUGACUUUCCCCUUUUUAUUGAGACUUUUUUUGGCAGUGAAAUUGAUCAAAUUCCAAUCUGUAUUAACUUUAAAGGCACCACAAUUUCAAAAUCAAUCUAAGGUUAACUUGUGUAAAACUUUGAGAUUGCUUGGAGAAGAAUGGCAGGAGUCCAUAUAUCAGUAAUAAUCCAUUCGCUCAGUUUCCAUAUUUAUAAUAAUAGAGCACAUAAGCUUAUCCUUCCAUGUUUUGGGACAUCACUGUUGAGCUGCUGUCCCUCUCUGAGCUGAUGUGCUUUGUUAACAAUGCAAGUCCUGUGAGCACAUAUGGCUGUAACACAGUGGUUGGUAACGCUUACUGUGCUUAUUGGUGUGCUCAGGGCAGUGCAGCUUAUGCUCGCAGCACUUAAUUGGAACCUGACUGAAAAGAAAUGGCUUGAUUGCUGGAACACCCACUAGGAAUAAGUCUUCAGAUUUGUAUAUAGCUUCCUAUGAAUGAGAAAUCUUUCCAACUGGCAGAAACUGAGUGCAUAAGAACAAAUGUGAAGUCUACGAUAUGCAUGAGCCGGUAUGCCUGACCGUGGGUCUGAAGCGCUGCCACCACAAAUGAACUGUACAAUAUAAGGACUUACCUACUUUCUUGUCUCACAUGAUACACACAGAAUUUAGUGAAGAAAUGUGUUUUAUAACAGGAGAACUGCCCAUCUCUGGUCAGCCUAUCCAAGAUUCCCAUUGUGGUGGGAGGAACAUACAGCUCCUUCCCACACAAACAGGUCUCUGUGUACUUUAUGAGCUAUGUUAACUGCUCAUAUGAACUAAGGAAGAGAAAAAACAUGGAUAAUUUUGCCAAGGCACUUGGGGCUUUUAUAGCCAAGUCUCUCUAUUUAGUUUCUCAGCAUGUUUUUCUACAGGAACCAUAGCAAUUUCACUCUCUCUUUUUUUAAGUCAGAAGAGGUGAGAAGUGCUCUCAGUAAACACUGUUCAAGCAGCCUGUAAAAUUUUCUCCACUUUUUCCCUUUAUUAAGAAUCUAUUUAAACUGUCUGUCAUCAUUGUUUAGCUUAAAAAGAAACUUCUUUGCUUCUUCACAUGCCAAAAGCUUACAUUAAAAGCAUCCCGGAGAAGGCUUUUGCAUCAGUGGUCAAUAAUUUGCCUAAAAAAUAAGUCAAUCCCUUUUACCCCAAUGUACGUAGUCCCACACCAUGGCAGCUAUGCACCCACUUUAUGUUCUUUUGUCUCACCGAUUAUAAACUUAUGGGAUGUCAUUAAAUGACUCUCUGAACUCACAGUAAUCAUUUAGUGUGCUCAAUGGGGUUGUGUUCCCUGGUCUCCCUUUCUUGAUCACCUCAGAUAGGCCAAGAAGAAGCAUUUAAGAAGUGGAAGCAUGGCUAAGGGACAGAAAGGCUGAUGGAUUUGGGUACUGUCCUACCUUGCACAAACUCCUGGUGCUGCUUGGGGUAGCAUUACGUACCCAAAUGUAGCAAUGACGUCCUUGAGGGGUAUUAAGACCAUUGGAGGUGCUGCCAAAAUCAGAACAACUUGUGUAAUGAUCUAAUAAUUAAAGCACUUGACCAAGAGGCAGGAGGAGAAGAAACUAAACCCUCCUCAACCCCAAGGGAUUUGAACACAGGAAGAUCAGGGAAGCUGCCUCUUCCCUGGAGUUUCUCCUAGCUACUGUGUUCAGGGCAAGGCUGUAUGAGGCCUGUCACUCCCUUGCCUUCUAUUGCAUGAGGAUCACUGCUUGGUCGGUAGUGAUGCUUUCAGGAGACAGAAGAGAGUAUAAUGAGAGAAUAAUUAGUGGUGUGAAGGCUCUCCGGAGAUCAUCAGGCCAACUCUUUGUCAAAGCAGGGCCAGCUUUGGUCUUGUUUAGUAAUAAUGGUGAAAGAUGACAUCUUUUGCUGAUCCACCAUUUUAAGAGAGUAUUUAAAGACGACUCUAGAGCCAUGGUAAAAUGACCACAGUGUACUUUAUUUAAUGAUUUUGGUACCUUGUGUUGCAAUAAAAUAAAAAAAAUCUACAAAAUCCAAAUAUAUAAAAUUUUCAAGUUUUCCUUUUAAGUUUUACAAGAAAAAUCAAGUUGUAACCAAGGAAAUUUGUUAGUAUGAAGCACUACUUUCAAUUUCAUUUCAUCACAAAUUGCAACUUACUUAACAGACCAAAAGAACUAUGGUACUGCAGUACAUCAAAUACUUCACACACUGUGUUCUUUACUAUAGCACAUGUAACCUCUGCCAGGGAGACAGCAGUCUCUAGCCGAUAAAGACACUCUUCACAAUCUGAACUCUAAAGGAAUGUUUGUAUACAUGGAGUUGGAAUAUAUAUAUUUACAGGAAGAUUUUUUUUUCUUUUAAUAACUAUUUUGAUUCUUCAUUUCAAAUAAAAUACCAAAUACAUUUUU